GAAAAGGGCUGCCACAAAGGGCUGCCCUGCGAGCACUUGUGUUGCAAAAAGACCAUGGAGCUCGGCGCCGACGGCCUGCCCGUGCUCCCGGCGAAGGACCAGGCCGAGAUCAACGCCAUGAGGCGCCAGGCGCAGGAGGCUGAAAUGGCAGCUCUAAAGCUAUUGGGCGAGGACACGAGCGGUGCCGUCCAAGCCAAACCCCUGUCCAUGUUCAACCGCGUGUCGUCGGCGGCGCGGGCCGCCCAGCGCCAGACCGCGCAGUACUUGCGGCUGCGCGCGUCGCGCGACUCGAAGGUCUCGUCGGCGCCUUCCACGCCGGGCUCGCUCACGCCGGCUCCAUUGAUGAAGGCGCCGGAGCCGGAGCCCAUGCCCGCCAAAGCCACGGAGCCAGUCGUUGAGAAGGUGCCGCCGGCGAAGAAGCCGAGCAAGCACGUCCAACGGAGCAAGAAAGCCCCACCGGCGAAGAAAGCGGCCCGGUCGGGUCUCCUCGAGGCCGUCGAGGCCGAUGUCAGGGCAGCGCGCAACACGCCGGCGCCGAAGCCCGCGCCGUCGGCGGAGCCGCCGAAGCCGGCCGCCCGCGCCGCGCGGGAGCCGGCGAAGGCGCCGGAGCCGCCGAAGUACGGCUACGAAAGUCUCCUGAGCGACGUCUCGCGCGCCUACUGCGGCUACGACGAGGCCUACUUCCACGACCGGCCGCGCGAGCUCGCGUCGCAGGAGAAGGCGGGACAGGCGGCGCGCGCCGCCGCCGACGCGCGCGAGGUCGUCGCGAGCCGCGAGGCCGCGCUGCGCUCGUCCAAGGACGCCGCGCGCGCGGCGGACGCGGCGCUGCGGCAGCUGCGGAAGCCCGCCAAAACUACAAAGGAGACGAAGAAGGAUUUGUGGUUGGCGGCGCCGGCGUCUCCCACCCCAGCCGAGAUCGACAAGAGGAUCGACGAGCUGCGCCAGCGCGCCGAGGGCGACCUCGCGCCGGACCCGGUCUUGCGACGGGCGCGCGCGGCGCUCCACGGGGCCGUUCCGGGCGACCUUGCGGGCGUCCGGGUUGUGGAUGACGCGCCAGUCGUUGUUCAGGAUCCGCUCAACGACCCCGUGCUGCGGCGCGCGAGGGCAAUGCUCUCUCAACAACCGGCGGCCGCGCCGCCGCCUUCACAAAAUCUCCCGGCCGAGCUCCUCGACGACCCGGUGCUGCAGAGGGCGCGGGCCAUGCUCGCCGCCGCCGCGGCGCCGCCGCCGGCGCCCGUCCCAGCCGAGUCGUCGUCGUCGGGCGAGGACCUCAUGGCCCGGAUCGCGCGCCUCGCCCAAACAGAAGUCGAGCCGCCGCUGACCUUUGAGCCCCUAAAGUGAACAGACAAAUUUA